UCACUCAUAGACAUUUCUUUCUCCUCAAAUAUUUUACCUAAUUUGCUACAUAUUCUUCUCACACAACAAAAUAACAUUUCAUUCUUGGGGUGUAUGACUCAAAUGUAUCUUUUUGUGUCCUUGACUGCCAGUGAAAAUUUUCUCCUGACGGCCAUGGCAUAUGAUCGUUAUGUUGCCAUCUGUGAUCCCCUUCAUUACAUUGCCCGAAUGAGCAGGAAACACUGUGCUGGGCUUAUAACUGCAGCAUUCACUGUUGGGUUUGUUGACCCUGUUGGCCAUGUUGUACUUAUAUCUAAACUAUCAUAUUGUGCUUCCCAUCUUAUUAAUCAUUUUUUUUGUGAUGUCACACCAUUGCUAAAACUUUCCUGCAGCAGCACUUUUAGUGUGGAACUUUUUAUUUACAUUGAAGGGACAUUGCUGCCUUUUAAUUCCUUCCUCCUUACUCUGACCUCAUACAUAUUUAUCAUCUCUGCUAUCCUGAAAAUACAAUCCUCAGAGGGGAGACAAAAAGCCUUUUCUACCUGUGCUUCUCACCUGGCCUGUGUGAUAACCCUUUAUGGGACAAUAUUUUGCCUGUAUAUGAGACCCACCACAAGUUAUUCCCUAAAAAGAGACAAGUAUUUCUCACUGCUGUACAUUGUCCUGGGCCCUGUCCUGGCUGAAGACCAUGAAGCCACCUCACAGAUCUGUGCCCAUGCUGCCCAGGAGGUUGACACAGCCCUGGUCAGCUUGAUAAACCUUUUCAAUGCAAAUUGUAAUCCAUCUGCUAAUGGUGGAAGUGGCAGCCCCCAGACCUUUCCGCCACCCUGCAGGGAUGACAAACAACUUGUCCGACCUCCUGAAAGAAUUAGAGACCUCCAGAUAAUGCUUUAG